AUGGAGUUUGAGUUAUUUCAAAAGUUAGUCAACGCUAACGCGAUUGAUAGCCUCACAGCCCAGAAUAUCACAGAUUAUCACUCAGGGAAUGCCAAUGAUACCAUUGACCUUGAUAGAGAGGUGACUUCUCAGCUAGAGAACGGUGUCAUCCCAGGCCGCUUCCUGGAGUACGUUGCGACAAAUAUGAAUAAAAAUAGCCAGGCUUAUGGAAGUAUUGAUACUGAAGCCCUCUCUCAAAUUGACCAGAGUGAUUCCCGAACAGCAAAAUAUAAUAACUGGAAGAUUAUUUUCAAGGAAGUUGACAAACUUGGAAUUCAAAUUGACGAGGACACUAAUAAGCAAGUCACUCGCGGAGAUAUUGAUAUGAUAACUGACCUUCUCAAGAGGGUAGGAGAGUUUAUUUCAGAGAAAACAGAGAAAAGAGCGAGAAAGAAAAGAGUUAAGGAAGGAGUUGAUAUUCUAUCAAUGGACCCUAAUAGGAAGCCAACCAAAUGAGAUAGCUCCCUAGAGAUUAUUCUCAACACUCUUUGCAGAAACUUUAACAUGAAGCCAAAGCAAUGUGCUGCUCUUCUAACUAACAACAACCAGUAUUUGAUGCACUCUGCAGUAAAAGGAUUGAAGGGAAAUUUCAAACCUGUGAUUGGUUGGUACGAAGAACUAAAUUCUAUUGCUGAAUUUUUCUCUGAAGUUAUCAUCUUAGAGACAAAGAAACAGAAGAAGAAUAAUACCCUGAUAAUGGCGAUGAACGCAGUCAAGACAGGAUGUUACUCUCAUAAUUACGAAGUUGCUCAAUGGUGACUAAGAUUCCUAACAAAGCUUGCUUAUGAAUUUGAAGACAGCAUUUGUGCUGAUCCACUCUAUGAAUGGUUGAUCAACUCCACUCCUGAGGGUGGUAUCAAAGCAAUCCUGUAUACACUCAAAAGGCACUCUGAUCUGAUAGAGUCAGUGGUUAAUUGCCUCUUACAAUUUACAAAGGAUUCUUUGUUUGAUAUCAUGAAGGACCUUUUCAAAAAUCUAUAUCCUUCUGGUCAAGACUACAUCUCGGUGAUUAGUGACUUCACACAUGUCCUUGCUGACACCAAAGAAUACAGAGAUGAUAUGCUAAACACUGGGCUAAUCGAUUAUUGGCUAGAAGUUCAUGUUAGGCAAGCUGAUUUCGAUGGAAGUGAUUCCCCAGAAGAAAGAACUGCAGCAAUAGCCUUCCUUGCUGAUAUGUGGACUCUUUUCCCCGACAAAUUAUACCAAAGAGAAGAUCUUGCAGAUCAAAUUCUAAAAGUGUUUAAGAGAGCUGCUAGAGAUAAGUUUAGACCGUUGAGAAUAACUGCCUUAUCUCAAUCAUUCAGACUGCUGGAUAAUUUCUCAAGACAGAAGAAUACGUAUGCUCCUUCAAUUUAUAAAGCACUUGCUAUGUCAUUAGUAGAAAACCACAGUGAAUCGACAACAAGGGAGUAUAUUAUGCACAAUUUUGAGCAGAUAUUUGAAACCCAGCCUACUAUUCCUGUUGGAAUAGUUGUUGAGCCAUUGGUAAAUCAACUCCAAAUUUCAGAGGGAAUCAGUUAUUUCUACAAUUCAAUUGAUUUCCAGUUCUUUGUCUGCAUUGCAAAGCACCCAAAGCUUCAGGCUAAUCAGGCAAUGCCUCUGAUAGAUAUUUUGGCAAAGAUAUAUCUCAACGACCAAGCCUAUGCUCGUUCAUGAAGCAGACCUCUGAUGAUGUUGAUAUCCAGAUUCAUCAACGAUCAUGCUAUUCAUGACUUUUUGAUAAAAUAUCUGACUGUAUCUUUGUCAAUGCUUUUAGCUCUUGAAAAAGGAAAAACAACCAAGAAAGUCAAGAUUCCCACAACAAUGAACAUCAAUUCUAAGAGGAAAGGAAUGAAAGAGAGUAAGGAAGAAAAGGAAAUCACCAGGAGUCUCAAGAAGUCUUUCAUAAUCGAAUGUGCGAGGAAGAUCCAAAACCUUAGGCAACCUAUUAUCAAUAAUCAGCUGAGGAACCUUGCUCUUAGUACUAAUAAGAGAAAUAACGAGCUUCAUGGACACAAUAACGUUGGAUGUCUUGUUCUCCUCAAAUUUUAUGGAGACCCAACAGAGCAAAUUGAAAAGUUCAUGAAGGAAGAAGAAGAAAGAGAGAAGAAAGAAGCUGAAGAAGCCAAGAAAAACCAACAAUUAGUCCUUGCAGAUGACAUGGAUCCUGGAAAUGUAAGUGCUGUUGAAGGAAUCAACAACAGAAGUAGCAUGGAAAUAGUCCCAUACGAAGACUACGGAAACCCAAGAAUGUCUAGAGACUCUAAAAGACAAAUCAUUCCAUGGAAAAAGCUUCAGCCAAAGGGAAGAAUUGGCAGGAAAGCUAUGCUUGAGAUUGAGAGGCUUCAGAAAACAAGAAAGGAAAAGGAAGAAUUUGUAAAGCUACAGGAUAAACAGCAGAAGAUCAAAGUUGCUAAGAGUAAAAGAAGACUAGCCUCUGAACUCCAAAAGAGGAAAAUUGAACAUGGUGUCACUUCGAUGAACAAGAAAGAUGCAGUACAAAAGAUCAUUUUUAAAGAAGGUGAAGUUGAUAAAUUCAAGUUGAGCGAGAAAAGAAGCGGACUCCCAGAAAUUGAACUGUUUGACUUUGAAGAAGAAGAGCCAAGAGAAGUAGAAGAGAUUAAACUUUUCAUGAAAAAGUACUCUAAAUUAUGGAAAUUUUAUUUUGAGAAAUAUGCUAAUAUGGGUUUCUCUACUAAGCAAGUCAAGGAUUUCGAUCAAUUAAACCAGAAACAUAGUACCAUCAACUUAGCUGAAGCAUUAAAGUUGCUUAGCGACCAUGAUUAUACAAAAGAGUAUAUCACCAAAGAAGAAGUUGGGGCUAUCAUAAGAUUGGUGAAUUUCAAAAAGAUAAAGAAGAGUGAUCUCACAGCUAUGAACUAUAAAGGAUUCUUAGAAUGGAUCAUCCAGACAGCUAUAUUUAUUUAUACUAAGCCUCCAGAAGAUCUUUCCCACUUCCCUCCAGUUGAAUGUUUGAAGAAAUUUGUGAAAGCUCUUGAAGCUGCUCAGAAAAAGAAGAAGGCAUCAACAAUUCUAUUUGAAGAUCCAGAUGCUACAAGUAUUGGAGAUACAACUCUUCUCAAGGCAUUGAAUAAGAAAAUAAAGGAGGAUCCCAACUAUCCUAUUCCUGAAGAUUAUAAAAAGGUAAAAGAAAAAGAGACAGAAUAUUCCUACAAAAUUCCCGAUUACAUACCGAUAGACCCAACAAAGAAAAUGGCUUUGGAAAUGCUAGACGAUAUUAUCUUUGAGAAAUUCGAUCUUCAUUUCCUGGAGCCAAUAGUUAGUUAUAAAGAGUCAAUAAAAGUAAAGCCAGUGAUUACAAAGAAAUUUAAAAAUGAUUCUUCGAAGAAUGAGACACCAAGAUAUCUUCAGUCAUUGGAUAAGCAUACAAAGCCUAAAGAGCUCAAUGAUAAGGCUAAAAUGUCUGCAUAUCAGAAGAUGAGAAAUGAGAAGCAGAGACAUCCCAAAUUAAGUGAAGCUCUUGCCCUCGAAGUAGCCAAAUUCCCCAAAGACCAGCGAGACCAUGCCAAAGAAGUUGCCGAAGCACUCGAAGAAGUACUCAAAGCUGCUGAAAGAGGCUACAAAGCCCUUCCAAACCGUGAGAAGUAUGGUCCUAUUGGAAUGAGGAACCAAGCCAUUAAAGAGCACGAACAGAAAGCCCGCAAAGAACGCAAACUCCUCAAAGACAAAGAAGCCAAACGCAAAAAGAGAGACGCCGACUUGAAAACCCAGCUCAAGAAAGCAGAAGAAGACAAACGCAAAAUGCUUGAAGACACCAAGGAAGAACGCAAACGCAAAAAGGAAGAGCGCAAGCGCAAGAAGCAGGACCUCAAGCGCAAGCGUGAACAAGACAAAGAGCGAAGAGGCAAAGAGUACGAAGACAAGAAGCAGGAGGAGAUGGAUCGUCUCAAGCAGCGCCAAGAGCAGGACGAAGAGCAAGAACGCAAGCGCAAGGAACAGUUUGAAAAAGAAAACAAAGAGUUCCUGAAGAAGCAGCACAAGAAGAUCAGAAAGGACUUCAAGCAGAUGAAGAAAGAGAAGCAGAGCAUUUUACAGGCUGAGAAGGAAUUCCAAGAAAUGGACAAGGCACUCAAAGACGAAACUAAGAAGAAAUGGGAGGAGUUUGCAGAGAAGAACAAAGACAAUAUAGGGAAAGAAAAGGAAGAGAAGAAGGAAAUUAAUAAUUUCCUGAAAGGCAAAGCUGUGCAAGCUGUGUUUAAAGACUACAAUACCCAACUGAAGUAUUUCUAUGACUACUACUGUAAAGUAGAUCAUCAUGAAAUUACCAGAGACAUUGAUAAGGCAUUCUCUACUGUGAAUUAUAAGGAGUUUAUUAAGUUUGGAUAUGAAAGCAAUAUCAUCCCAACUAUUAUUCCAGUCCAGCAGAUGGUAUAUAUCUUCCAUCAGCUAGUUAGAGAGGCUAAUGAGGAAGACCCAGAGAAUGGUCAGGUUCUCAACUACGAUUACUUCAAGAAGGCCCUUGUGAGAAUCUCUGUAUAUGGACAAAAACUUCUCGGCGGUCAGACUAAGGGAAAAUUAGAAAAGAAACUUGAAGAGGAAAAAGCUAAAGAAAGCUUAGAUAUGAAGAAGAAGCAAACCCUGAAGAAGAAAUUUGAUUCUACUAUCAAGAGUAAGAAGGAAAAAGAGAAAUCUGAGAAAAAUGAUUCUGAAAAUGAAGAAGAGGAGCUCGAACGCAAGAAGAGCAAGAAAAAUAAGAGAGAAGGCCAUCUGAUGGAAAGAGGUGCUAAACCAAAGAGAGAAAAGAUCAUUCUACCAAAUGAAAAGGAGGAGAAAUUGAAGAAUGCUACUCUUAUUAAAGGAAAACUAGAUGAGAACCUUCUGCUCACUAAGAAAUCCUCUAGUAUUAAUAAGCUAUACUCUAUCGAUCAACAAGCAAAGGUGCUGGAUAAUCUCAAGAAUGUGAAGAUUGAGAACUCAAGAGUCUCAAUGGAGUGAGAUGUAAGUCUUAUCACAGACAAGACUAUUGUUACCCUCCUCCAAUACAUUGGACUUGAUCUUGAAGAUCAAGUGGAUGGAAAUCCUGAGCUAACCCAAGAACUGAGACUAAAAUUAGACAAUAAAUUGAGCGACAGGAAAACGAGCGGUAAAGCUCCGCUCAAGUACAGUGAAAAGGACAAGGUCCUACCUCAAAAAGCCGAAGUAUUAAGUGACUUCGAGAAUGCUAUCUCUGAAGAGAAAGAUAGCGACUACCCUUCUAGCGAAGAUGAUGAUGAUAAAAAGUCCAAGAAGGAUAAAGAAGAUAAGAAAGACAAGAAAGAAAAGGACAGUGAUGACGAAAAGAAGAAGGAUGCUAAAAAUAAAUAAAGUAUAAAUUUUCAAAGAAA